CGCCCGCAGCGGUGCAAAAAUCGGCGCUGCGUGGCACGUUACAAAGGCAAACAGUCUCCACGCAUCAGUGCGUGCGUGCUGCCGAGGAAGCUGGCCUGCGGAUGCUGCUCGCCAUGCUGCUGCUGCGGCAGGCCGCGGCGCUGCAGCGCUGCACGCCGUCGCUGCGGCGCACCGUUACGCGCAUGGCCGCAUCGAAGAGCGUGACAAUCAAGCGCGGCAAGGCGCGAUUAUUCAGGGACGGCAACCCUCUCGUCUACGGUGGCGCGGUCGAGCGGACGAGCGGGGACGUGAGUAGGGGAGACGCCGUCGAGGUCGUGGAUGGCGCCGGGAACAACAUCGGCUGGGGCUUCUACAACCCGGACUCGAUGUAUAGAGUAAGACUGCUGCCCGGUCCGAUGCAGGACGAUCCAAUGCAAGCUGUCCGAUCAUUGAUCGAGACCGCUUGUGAACGGCGGAGCGCACUGAACCUACCCAGUGAAGCCACGUCCGCCUUCCGCCUCAUUAAUUCCGAGGGCGACGGGUUGAGUGGCCUGACGGUCGACGCGUACGGCGCUCAUUUAGUCUGUAGUAUAAGUGCCGCCUGGGCCGAGGCGCGACGUGUUGAGAUCACGGCGGCGCUGGAGGAAAGCUACUCCACAUUAAUCGGUGAAAAGCCGCAAAUCAUCUGGCGCCCCGCCGUCGCUCGGUUAAGGAGCGAGGGCCUAGAGAUAGAAGCGGACGACGACGCUGACAAUGACGCCGUCGAGGCUACAGAAUCAAGUCUCGUCUACGAGGUGGAUGUGUGGGGCCAGAAGACGGGCUUUUACUGCGACCAGAGAGAUAAUCGAAAUUUCCUCGCGCCGCUCUGUGCCGGGAAGCGCGUCUUGGAUUUGUACUGCUACUCCGGGGGCUUCGCUUUGUCCGCGGCGAAACAUGGCGCAUCACAAUGCCUCGGCGUCGACUCGAGUCGGAGAGCCGUCGAGCUCGCCCAACGCAAUGCCGAGAGGAACGCGCUUGAUGGAAUCUGUAGCUUUGUUUCGAGCGACGUGUCUGCGUUUCUGAAUGCCAACACUGAUGAAUACGAUGUGGUGGUCUGCGACCCCCCGAAGCUCGCGCCGUCGGUACGAGAUUUACCUCGCGCAAAACGGAAGUACCAGAAGAUCAACGCUCUGGCACUAAACGCGGUCAAGCCCGGCGGCCUUUUGCUGACGUGUUCUUGUUCUUCUGCCAUGACGACCUCCGAGGGCGCGUUUCUCGCCAUGUUGAGGGAGGCCUCCAAAGACGCGGGCAAGCGCCUGACGGUCCUGCGGACGGCCGGCGCGGCGGCGGACCACGUCCUGCACCCGGCGUUUCCCGAGGGGGCGUACCUCACGGCGGCGCUCGUGCAGGUCGUGGACCGGUAG